AGCUCUGUUUCAUUUCCCUUCAUUUGUAUAACACACACAACAAUAGCUAUCAAAAGUCAAAAAGAAUGUUUAGGAACAAAUCUAAAUCCCUACAUUUUAACUAUUUCAUAAGAUUUUCCUUUGCCGCCUAUGCUAGGCAAUUAUGCUCAAAACCUCUGUUACCUGAAGAGCGUUGUGUUGCAGGCAGCGCGAACUUGACUGACUUUCUGGAGGAGAAACUCAAGGCAAUGCAGCAGCGGGAGCUGGAAGAUUAUUUGCUGCGCAGUAGCAAAACCAGCAUCUACCGCGUCCCAGCAAAAUUACGACAGAUUGAGCCUAAAGCAUACGAGCCUCAUUUUAUAUCCAUAGGUCCCUACCAUCAUGGCUCGCCUAAUCUGCAGCCUUCAGAGAAGCUCAAGUGGCUCUCUUUGACCCGCCUUAUCGGAUUUGGUGAACGAGCUCGGGAUGAAUUGGAUAAAUUGGUUACUAGUUUAGAGGCAAUAGAGCAUAAAGCUCGGUGUUGUUACUCGGAAGAUGUAAAACUUAGUAAAAGAGAGUUUGUUACAAUGAUGCUUCUUAAUAGAUGCUUCAUAGUUGAGCUCUUUCAAGACCUCAGACGAAUCGUUUCAAGUCUUCAUCCCUCCUCUCCAAGCGAUGGAUGCUUCCUGCUGUUCGCCUCGACCUUAUAGCCCUUGAGAAUCAACUCCCUAUGAUAGUCCUCAAGAAGAUCUUCGACGAAACUAGGACAAAAUCAAUGGAGGAGACCUCGUUAGAAGAGCUUGUGUUGGGUGUGGCCCAAAUUUUAUAAGCCCGUUAUUUUGGUGGAGUAUUUAUGCAUAUUCUAGAUGUUUUUGGAAAAAUCAAGCAAGGAUAGUCCUUGUCAAUAUUUUCUUUAGAAUUGUCUACUUUAUCGUUCUAGAGAAUUCUUGAGAUUGGAAGCUACUAGAAUACAUGGCUCGUGAACAUUCUAGAAUAUUAUGGAUAUAAGAAUGGAGGAAUUUCUUGAAUCUUCCGGCCAUUUCUUCCAAGCUCCAUCUACACCUAUAAUUAUAGGUCAUGGGCAUUCAAUCAAGAUAUAUGUACACACAAGAAGCCAUACCAUACACAUACAUAAGC